UGUUCGAGGUGAUUGAAAUUGCAUUAGUUGUGGUAUCCGGCUCUUUGGGAUAAGGGACAUCCUUUGCCAAUGAUUCACUGAACCUCCGGCCCUAUUCCAGCCUGGUGGUCCAUCUGUCAUAGAGCCGCCAUGUCGGAGUCGACGGUGACGACGAUCGGCUGUAUCGGCGCCGGCUACGUUGGCGGCCCCACGUGCGCCGUCAUCGCGCUUAAGUGCCCCGACAUCCGCGUACACGUGGUGGACAUGAACGCCGCCCGUGUCGCCCAGUGGAACUCCGACAAGCUGCCUGUGUUUGAGCCGGGCCUGGACGACAUCGUGAAGGAGUGCCGCGGUCGCAACCUCUUUUUCUCCACGGACGUGGACGCCGCCAUCGAGGAGGCCGACCUGCUCUUCAUCUCCGUCAACACGCCCACGAAGACCUACGGCCACGGCAAGGGCCGAGCUGCGGACCUCAAGUAUGUCGAGUCGGUGGCCAGGAACAUCGCCAAGGUGGCCCGCGGCAACAAGAUCGUGGUGGAGAAGAGCACGGUGCCGGUGAAGUCGGCUCAGAGCAUCGCCGACAUCCUCAAGGCCAACAGAACGAGCCAGAACAAAUUCCAGGUGCUGUCCAAUCCGGAGUUUUUGGCGGAGGGCACGGCUGUCAGGGACCUGCUGUGCCCGGACCGCAUCCUGAUCGGCGGCGAGGACUCGGCCGACGGCUGGCGCGCCAUCCAAACACUCUGCUCCAUCUACCGCCGCUGGAUCCCAGCCGAGCGCAUCAUCACCAUGAACACGUGGUCCUCGGAGCUGUCCAAGCUGGUGGCCAACGCCUUCCUGGCUCAGCGGAUCUCGGCCAUCAACGCCGUGUCGGCCGUUUGCGAGGCGACCGGUGCCGAUGUGAGCGAGGUGGCGCGUGCCGUCGGCCAGGACGGCCGCAUCGGACCCCACUUCCUGCAGGCCUCCGUCGGCUUCGGCGGCAGCUGCUUCCAGAAGGACAUCCUGAACCUGGUGUACAUCUGCGAGAGUCUCAAUCUGCCCGAGGUGGCCGAGUUCUGGCUGAACGUUGUAUCCAUCAACGACUAUCAAAAGCAGCGCUUCGCCAAGCGCAUUGUCAACUGUCUCUUCAACACGGUGGCCGGCAAAAGGAUCGCGAUCCUGGGGUUCGCCUUCAAGAAGAACACGGGCGACACGCGGGAGUCGGCGGCCAUCUAUGUUUCGGCUCACCUGCUUGAGGAGGGCGCCCGCCUCACCGUCUAUGACCCCAAGGUCGACCCGGACCAGGUGAUCCGUGACCUGCGUCACGUAACCGGACAGCCGGAGGCGGUGCGUGACCAGGUGGAGGUGUGCGCCGACCCUUACGAGGCGGCCAGGGGUGCGCAUGCGCUCGUCAUCUGCACAGAGUGGGACGUCUUCCAGACGCUGGACUAUCGGCGCAUUUUCGCGGCCAUGCCCAAACCGGCGUACGUGUUCGACGGCCGGAAGAUUCUCAACCACGACGAGCUCACCAAAAUCGGCUUCGAGGUGGAGACGAUCGGGAAGCGAGUGCGCCACGUCUCGUCGUCGCACCCGGCGGCGAUCACCAACGGCAUCGGGUGUGGCGAGCCGGAGCCGGAGGCGGCGGCGGCGGCGGAGGCGGACCACUGACCACGCCGCGCGCGCGGCGGCGCGCUGGGUGCGGUUCCCGCCCGUCUCGAGCGGCGGGCCGGCGCCGCACCUGGCUGGCCGGCGGGCGUCCCGCCGACGACGUCACGUCUGACUUCACAACGCCACGACAGCCCGCUGAUGACGUCACGUCGCCACGACAGCCUGCUGGUGACGUCACGUCACCACGGCCGCGUACUGACAUGUCGCCACAGCGGUCUAUUCGCCGGCGGCGUCUUGCCGGACAGCGAAACCCUUCUGAAAACUACGGAUGUCCGGCCAUCUCGGGACCGGGCGCCGGACGUGGACGUGUGCCAUGUGUUGUGCUGCACCGCACCGUGUGGCGAGAGCGCUGCACUCCCGCCCCAGCGUCGGCCUGCUCUGCCGCGCCCCCUCGGCGGUGCACCGAGCACUCGUGUGGGCGUCUCGCCUUGGGCAUGUCUGGCCGUGGCGCCGCCCCCGCGGCCCUGUCGGUGUACCGGCCGGCCUGCGCCGGCCGGUCGCCCGAGGACGAGCCGGCCAACGCCCGUGGCGUGUGACCCGCCCCGGCCGGCCGCGGCUGGCGGGGCUGGCUCGGCGCACGCUGUGGGGCCGACGCCCGGUGCGUGCGGUCAGGGCGACCGAUGAUAGGAAAGAAAUCACCGAGCCUCCCCGGGAGACUGAGGCAGGGGCGUUGGGCCAAAUUCGGUGGCAGGGACAUGCAGUGGGCGCUGAUGCCUUGCUGUCUGGAGGCCAACGGGUAUGUCUGUCUGUUGGGCACGGCCUUACGUUGAUCAUGAGAUGACUCACACUAAGUGCCUUUGUGUGCAUUCCUUCGCCUUGCCUUGCCAUUUCGAGCACGAUUAUGUGUGUACCCAUUCGUUUACGUAGCGUUCAUUACUACGGAAAAGCUAUAUGUGAUACAGCUAGGAUGUGUUAAAAGAUAUGCUAAUGUUUUUACCCAUUUGUGUGGGACCGUGCGGGCAGCGUCCGCCCGCGGUAUUGCUGGCGCGACGGUGACGCUCGCUGUGCUACAUUCCGAGCUGAGUUCGGUCUGUCGGCGACGGCUUGCCGUGGUCGUCGUCGACGGUGCCGUGUGGUGCCGCCGCCGCGUACUGCCCCCCCUCGCACCGUGUCCCAGGCCGCCGCGCCGGAAUGGCGGGGAGGUGCCCCGGUCCCGGCCAGCUGAGGCCGCGGGCGGGCGCCGGCUGGGGCCGCACGGCCAAGACCGGUACUGGAGACUCCCGUGCCGCCGGCAGCCGGCUGCUCAGCAUGUGAACGCCCGCGGCAGCUCGCGAGGCGCCGCGCCUGUCCGUCCCAUGUCCCUCCCCCUUCUGGCAACGGUAUGGCGAAGGCCAUGGCGAAGGCCAUGGCGAAGGCCAUGGCGACAUCAGCCCAGUCUGAGUCUGACCUCGGGCCGGGCCGCGAUCUCUUGUCAGCUGUGUUUCGUCCCGAAAUAUGAAACUUCUCCGCUGGUUGAAGCUUGUACGGCGUUUGUCCCACCCUCCUGGUUAAAGCAAGUGAAUCGCAAGCGUACUUGCGUCUCUGCAGUAUUGUGUUGUGGUAUUCCUUGAACCGUCAUUGUGUGCGCACAAGGCGGUCGCAAUUCUCUGAGAUGUGUUGUGCGUAAAAAGUUUCUUCGUGGGCAUUCUGAGAUGUCGGUGAAUGCCCUGAUGACAUUCUGUUAAUAAAGACAUGCCAUCCA